ACAGGAAGUGCAUGGGUGUGUUUCCGAGAGGCGGGACUUAAAAUUGCAUCGACGAACUUCCCCGAAGACACCGACAGCGUCUACACACACACGCAGGAUGGAGCUGCGACCACUUGUUAUGUGUUUUGCUCUCUGUGUGGUUUACGCCACCAGUAAACCCACAGAGAAGAAGGAACGUGUUCACCAUGACGAACCCCUCAGCGACAGAGAUCACGACGACGUGGAGAACUUUGACUAUGACCACGAAGCCUUUCUGGGACAAGAGGAGGCCAAGACCUUUGACCAGCUCACACCAGAGGAGAGCAAGGAGAGGCUCGGCAUGUUAGUGGGACGUAUAGAUGACAAUAAGGAUGGCUAUGUGACAGUGGAGGAGAUGAAGAAGUGGAUCAAGCAUGCUCAGAAGAGGUGGAUCUACGAUGAUGUGGAUCGACAGUGGAAGAGUCAUGACCUGAAUGGGGAUGGACUGGUGUCCUGGGAGGAGUACAAGAAUGCCACAUAUGGAUACAUUAUGGAUGAUCCUGACCCCGACGAUGGCUUCAGCUACAGGCAGAUGAUGGAUCGCGAUGAGAGGCGAUUCAAAAUGGCCAACCAAGACAAUGACAUGAAAGCCAACAAGGAGGAGUUCACAGCCUUCCUUCACCCGGAGGAGUACGACCACAUGAAAGACAUUGUAGUGCUGGAAACUAUGGAAGACAUUGACAAGAAUGGAGAUGGUUUAAUAGAUUUAGACGAGUACAUAGGUGACAUGUACAACCAGGAGGGAGAUUCCUCAGAGCCUGAGUGGGUGAAGACUGAGAGGGAGCAGUUUACUGAAUUCAGAGACAAAAACAAAGACGGAAAGAUGGACAAGGAGGAGACCAGAGACUGGAUCCUGCCCAGUGACUACGACCAUGCUGACGCCGAGGCCAAGCAUCUGGUCUACGAGUCAGAUGCAGACAAAGAUGGCCGCCUGACCAAGGCAGAAAUCGUGGAUAAGUACGAUCUGUUCGUGGGCAGUCAGGCAACCGAUUUCGGAGAAGCUCUAACUCGACACGACGAGUUCUAACAUCCGCCGGCCUCCAAAGACUCUGUGUUCAUCUUGUGCACCGCCGUACUCCUCCAACAGUGGACGGAGUAUCUCAAACGAGAUGAGCUCACCGAGUCCAACGCCAUGAACAAUAAUUUAUUUGAUUUGUUGAAUGUGUCCCAUUGUACACACACUAACAUCACACGCUGAGAGUUUGUCUCAGUUGUGUGUAAGAUCGGGAUAUAUCGCCAGCCUGUACUCUGCUUCAUCACACUAAUCUUCCCUUUCCAAGGUCAGGCAAAGAACAAACAAUGUUGGAUUACAAUUCGUUUUUUUUUUUUUUUUUUUAUCUGACAAAAUGAUUUUAUGAAAUAGCCAUGUUUUGUUAUGAAACCCUAAUAGAACAAGUUUAAGUUUGCAGUAUACAGAAUAGUUUAUCGCACCAUUUAUUUUUGUGAUUCACUGGACUGUGAAGAGUGCAUCUCAUUUCCAGCCAGUAGAAUUUGUUAUACUCGUCUCUCUUAUGUUAUCGGGCUCAAAACACCAGUUGUUGGUUCAUUGUACUUUGUUUUUGUGUCAUUGAUCACAAUGCGGUAAUUCCAGAGUAUAGGGUAAAUAUUAAAUUCCAGUGACGAUGAAGACUAUUUGGACCAGUGCAAUACAGUAUCAUCAGAGGUACCACGCUGUCUCUACUAUACUUGUCCCCAAAGCAUCCACGUGAGCACAAGCUAUCGGUCCUACAUAAGGGCGGCCUGUGUGUUAGUUGAAGGAAUCAAGAAUUUAUGAUUUAGGGAUUGAUGGAUGCUUCGCCCACAAAGCUGCUUCGCUUCUUUAUUUUUUUUUCUCAUCACCUCAAUAGUGUGUGUGUGUGCGUGGGAAUCUUUGUGUACAUAUAUUACUUGUAUUCUUGAAUACUGGCCUGCCCUUUUUUUUUUUGAUGUUUUGUUUUGUUGGAUUCAGCUAAGUUGUGUGCCAAGCAAAAAACUUUGGAUUUGUAAGCAGUUUAAAAAAAAAAAAAAAGAAAAAAGAUUUUCCUGUCAAACACUUUCCCCUCCUAAAUAUGUUUAUGCUUGUAUUAUCCCUAGCACCAUUUAUAACCACUGUUGAGAUUUUUUAUGGUAUACUAUAAUGUAUAUGAUAAUGUUUUUUUACAGGCUCACUGCAGCAACCACCCUUUCACUUGUGACUUUACUGUAAAUAAGUUGUGGGUCUGCAAACUGAGCACUCUUAACAAUCAGGUCCAGUUUUUGUGAUUGAGAAGAAUGUUCUCAAUAAAAACAAACUAAAUUAGAA